CGGAGCGGAGGAAUCACACACCUGUUCCCUGGUUGAGCCGAUCGACCUGUCAAAGCCAUGGAUGCAGCUCUGAGCGGCCUUCACCGUCUGACUGACGAUGUUUGAGGAUUCCUGCAGCUAAAACACAAGCGUCUCUCCAGGAUGGGAUACUUUCAGAAGGCAAAGAGCGUUGGGAAGUGUUGUCUCUUCGCUCUCUCUGCUCUCUGUGUUUUCCAUCUCAUGGUUUCAUCAGUCAGGUUAUUGAUAAGUCACCUUCCAAUGGAGAAAUGUGCUUUGGAAAGUGGAGGGAUGCUGAUUCUGGACAACAGUGUGGACGCCAGCCUGGAUCUGCGGUCCAGAGGGGACGUCCAGACGUGCACGUGGUGGAGAGCGCCGGUGAUCUGGGAGGGGAUGUUUGACGCUGCGCUGUACGACCAGACUCACGCGAAGGAGGGGUCCUCUGUGGCUCUCACCGUGUUUGCUGUGGGCAGGUACCUGGACGCCUACCUGGAGACCUUCCUGACGUCAGCGGAGUGUCACUUCAUGUUGGCCUUGCCCGUGACCUACUACGUUUUCACCGACGCGCCGGAGAAGGUGCCGCAGGUGGCGCUCGGCCCCAGGCGAAGCCUGAAAGUCAUCAGAGUGCCGAAGCACUCCAGGUGGCAGGACGUCUCCAUGAUGCGGAUGAAGGCCAUAUCGGACGCCAUCGAGUCGGACAUCCGCCACCGCUGCACGCACGUCUUCUGCCUGGAUGUGGACCAGGAGUUCACCGGCCGGUUCGGCCCGGAGGCUCUGGGAGAGUCCGUGGCCCUGCUCCACGCCUACUACUACAACCUCCCGAAGUGGCUCUUUACCUACGACCACAACCCCGGCUCCAGGGCCCACAUGGACACCGGGGACUUCUACUACCACGCCGCCGUGUUCGGAGGCUCGUGGAGGAGCGUGAAGGCCUUGACCGAGUCGUGCUACCAGGGCAUCACGGAGGACAAGCGCAACGGCGUGGAGGCGCGCUGGCACGACGAGAGCCACCUCAAUAAGUACUUCUGGCUCCACAAGCCCAGCCGGGUGCUCUCCCCGGAGUACUGCUGGGACCGGCAGAUCGGCGACAGGAAGGCCAUCCGAGUGGCGCGGCUGCAGUGGGCGCCGAAACACUACAACACGCUGCGGCAGGCCUAGAACAGACCGGACGCCGCUGCACUGAUCGGGCAGGUUCAAAAACACAAAACAUCACGCGGCAAUGAAACAAAGAUCUGUUCUCUCCCCAGUAGGUCUCUCUUUUUUUCAUAGUUGUAGUAAAUGCAAAUGCGUUCCAUUUUGGCCGUUGGAUUUUUGUAGAGUCAUCGUGUGAUACGAGACAUUCGUGCCUCCUCAUAGUUUAACUCCAACUGCCGCUCAACUUUCAGGAAGCGACACUUUCAGUGGAACAAUGACCAAGAGUCUACAUGCGAAAGGAUAAUGAUUAAUAUUCCAGGAAACUGGACACUUUUCCACUGAUCAUGUGGAUUCCUUCACAAAAAGCAGCUCUGCAGGACUUCCUGGUCAAGGUACACUGUAACUUUCAACAACACUUUUUUUAAUCACUUUGUUACUUUUUUACCACUUUUUUACACUUUAGUUUUUAUUAUUAUUUGCAACAUAGUAAAAAGAAAAGAAACAUCAAACUUUUAAACUAUAUUCAAGGUUUCAAAUUUGUGUUUACUCCGAGUGUCUUGUUUUUGUUUUUUGAACUUGUAAUUACAUAAUUUGUAUCUAAAAGCUGUGAUAUAUGUUCUGAUUAGAUUGGUGAAUCAAUGCUGACAGUUUGACAAAAUA